AAAGAAUCUCGUAUUUUGAGCUUUCAUUCCUUCUUCAUCUUUCCCUUCUAACAGACACAGUGAAAAGUAGAGAGCGGCAAUGGCCAUGCAUGGAACCUCUCUUCUAGUUCCAUCAGUUAAAGAGUUGGUAAAACAACCAAUAACCAAGGUUCCAGAGCGAUACCUUCAACCAAAUCAAGACUCAAUUGUUGUAUCAAACACAAAUUCUUCAGUUCCUGUUAUCGACCUAACUAAAUUGCUCUCUAAUGAUCCAGCUGAGCUACAAAAUCUAGACCGUGCUUGUAGAGAAUGGGGUUUCUUCCAGCUGAUUAAUCAUGGAGUGAACCCUUCCAUUGUUGAAAAUAUGAAGAUCGGUGUUGAAAAAUUCUUCAACCUUCCAAUGGAAGAGAAAAAGAAAUUAUGGCAAACACCAAAUGAGUUUCAGGGGUUUGGUCAGUUGUUUGUUGUAUCUGAUGAACAAAAGCUUGAAUGGGCAGAUCUGUUUAACAUUAUCACUUUCCCAUUGGCCACAAGGCAUCCGCGUCUCAUUCCUACCAUUCCCAAACCAUUCAGAGAUCAUCUAGAGACUUAUUGUUUAGAAAUGAAAAAUACUGCUGUCAAGAUAAUUGGUAUUAUGGAGAAAGCUCUGAAGAUCAAAGCUAAUGAAAUACUAGAGUUAUUUGAAGAUGCAGGUCAAGGACUGAGACUGAAUUACUAUCCUCCAUGUCCGCAACCAGAAAAUGUUAUUGGAAUUAAUCCGCAUUCGGAUUCGGGUGCCCUUACUAUCCUUCUCCAACUCAAUGAAGUGGAAGGCCUUCAAAUAAAAAAAGAUGGAAUGUGGAUUCCUAUCAAACCUCUCCCUAAUGCUUUUGUCAUCAAUAUUGGAGACAUGUUAGAGAUAUUAACGAAUGGAAUUUACAGAAGCAUUGAGCAUAGAGCAACCGUCAAUGCAAAGAAUAAAAGGAUAUCUAUUGCUGCAUUUAAUAGGCCUCAAAUGAGCAAGGUUAUAGGUCCAACACCAAGCCUUAUAACUGCGGAAAGACCUGCUAUGUUCAACAGAAUUGGAGUAGUUGAUUACCUGAAUGGUUUCCUGUCACGGAAGCUGCAAGGGAAAUCUUUCUUAGAUGUUGUAAGGAUUCAAAGUGAGACUGCUAAAUAGUUAAACUUUUGAGGGUUUUGCAAGAAAAGAAAGAAUGUAGAAUUAGUUUAGAAAUAAAAGUGGCAGACAUGCUAUAGGUUAGUUUUAUAUUUGCAGGAGAUAUGAUACCUGGUACAAAGUUUAUAUUAUUCAACAUUGAAUGUGUAUUGUUGAAUUAGUUAUCCAAUAUUUGGCUUAUAUGUGGGAAAAAUAAUACUACAUAUACUUUGGAUUUAAGGAAA